UUGUUCAGUGGCAUUUCAUGUAAUAUCUCGUGGUUCACAGGGCUGACUGUCAAUUACUCUCUCUCCCGCCGCUCACCUCUAUCAAAACCCUGUCCUCUCUCUCUUUUAUCUCUGAACCCUAAAAAACCAAGAGAAAGAUUUGGUGUGUAAGUGCCUUUUUCAGCAGUACUACAACAACUCAGUUGACAAUACUUGUUUCUUCAAACACCCAGUGACUGAUACUACUGGGAGGAGCCCCUUUCUAUUCUAUUCACAAGUUUUGGUGUUGAAUUACAGACAAGCUCAAGCUUACUUGAUUCUUCUUCCGGAUGCUUCGCCACAACUAAGCUAGUUUUGUCUCACUGAGUUUAUUUCAGAAUAUUUUGUGCAAAUCCUAUGGAGAAUUCAGGAGUUUUUGAAGAUACAAUGAUUUCUGAUGUUAUAGUUGAAUCAUUUAAUGAUGAGUCAAUGCAAUUUGACAUUUCUAAGGCAAGUGAGAAUCCCGGUGAUGAUCUUCUUGAAGGUUUAGAUUCUUACUUAGAAGAUAUUGAUGAUCGUUUGACCGUAUCAAGGAUGGUGAAUGAUUCGGUUACCAAGGGCAUAGUGAAUGCUGUUAAUGAAGAAGCUAAGCAAACACUUUGUGAGUGGAAACAAGAGCAGGAAUUUCGAGAAGAGUUUGAAACUCUUGUAAUCCAGAAUACGUUAAAGAACCUCCAAAACCAGUUUGAAACAAAGCUGCAGGAAGAAAGAUCCUUAAUUCACAGAAACCCUGGUAAUAAACAAUUGAUGAAGACAAAUGAGCUUUUGAGUUUGCGCGAAGAACUCGAUGUCAUUUCUAGGUCACUGUCCAGUUACGAAUCAGGGUCCUUAUUUUCUCAUGGUUUACUUGAGGGUGGUGAAGAAUCUAAAAAGAAAGAUCGUCUUUAUAAGAAGGUUCAGAAUUUAGGGACUCCGAGUUCUAUUACUGAACGAAAUGGUAAACAUGAGGAGGCUAAUAGGAGCAGACUUGAAAUAAUGGAUCCUGUCCUGCUAAAGAACAUGCCAAAAGAGGAGUUGAUAAAAUUUUGCAAAACUGAAAUGGCCAAUACGAAAAGAAAUGAUGAAACGAUCAUCCAAGAGAUAACUGAAAAAUACUACACGUUGAGACGAGAAAUCCUCAACAGUUGCGAUCCUUCUUCACCACUGAGGAGGGAGAAGGAGUUCGACUCCUUGAGAAAAAAAAUUCCAGAAGUCAUAUCUAAGUUGGACAGUAUACUUGUGGAGAGUAAGAGGUUACCUGUGGCAUGUGAUAGUACUGAAUAUGUAGAUGAGUUGAAUAACAAGCUUAAAACCCUUCUUUCUGAGAACUGCCAGCUCAAGGACUUGCUUUCUAAUAAGAAAAAGGAGGCUAAGGACCUCUCUUCCCAGGUAUCUGAUCUUGUAAACAAGAUGUCUAACCAUUCUUUGGCUGAGGCAAAUUUGUUAAAUCAGAUAAGGAAACUUAAAUCUGAAAUAGAAGAUACCAGAAUCGAGUUCUCGGUGAGAGAAGAGAUUCAUAAGUGCGUCAUUCAGGACUUGAACUGCAGAAUAAAACAUGCCGAGGAUUUGCUUAUGGAGUCUAUUGCCAUGCAAGAUUUAAGUGAAAUUGUUCUCAUGGAAGCAGCGAAGGAUCCCAAGGGUACUAUUGAAUAUGGAGUUGAAGAUUCAGAUAUGGAGUCCAUUAUCAUGCAAGAGAUAUGUGCAAUUAUUUUCAGGGAAGCCAUUAAGGAUGCACAACUUACUGUCGAUCUCUUAAAAAUGGAGCACGAGGCAGAAAAUGAAAAUAGGGCAUCACUUGAAACAUUGUUAUUAGAAAGUGACAAGGCAUUGUCCAUACAGAGCAAAGAAAAUGAGCAGUUGAAGCAAGAGUUGGUUUUGCUUUCAGCUUCGGUGGAAGAGAAGGAAAAGAUGGCUUUGGAAGCAAAGUCGAGAAUGAUGAAGGAGAAGGAGCAAUUUGAACAAAUCUGUCAAGAACUUAAUACACUAAGAGACAGAGUAAGUAGGGGCGACAUGCUGAUUUCAGAGAGUAAUAAGAUGUCAGAUCAGAUGAAGAAUCAACUGGAAGAAACUUCACAUCAAAUACAUUUGUAUGAGAAACAGGUGAGCAGUCUUGAUCAAAAACUCACUUUGGCAGUAAAUGAUUUAAAAGAUGCAAAUGAAGAAAGGAGACAGCUUCGUGAGAAUGUUAAACAGAAGCAAAAUGUUAUCUCUUCCCUUGAGGAAAGAGAAACUGAGCAGAAGAAGCAAACAGAGUCCGUCUUAAUGACUGUUCAAAGAUUUUCAAAAGCACUUUCUGAUUUUGAACAAAGAGCAUCAGACAAAGUUGAAAAGAACAAUCUAAGGUUGGAAAACCUUCAUCUUCAUUGUCGACCACUUUUUCACAAAUCUAAGUCGUUCAAGGGAUUGGAGUUGAUAUACAAGCAGAAACUUGAGCGAAAAAAGUCUGAUCUUCGCAAGGCAGAAGAAGAGGUUGAUCUUUUAGGAGACGAGGUGGAUGCCCUUUUAGGCGUUCUGGAAAAAAUAUACAUUGCACUUGAUCAUUACUCUCCAGUACUGCAGCAUUAUCCUGGUAUUAUGGAGAUUCUGAAACUGGUGAAAAGAGAGUUAAGCGGAGAUAAUUCCAAACCUGUCUAUUAGGCUAUUACUGCAAGUGAUACCUACUUUUGUCUGAAGAAGGAAGGGAAUGUGGGUUUAGAACCAAUGAAGCCGAUUCUGCGGAGAGGACAAUCAGGAUCAGUGUCUGGUGCAUGCUUCUCCUCUUUUCAUUUUGGGAAAUUUUGCGCACCUGCUGAAUUAGUGUGUCCUUCACAGAGUAUAUUUUAUCUCAAGUUAGGUUAUAGUUUUGUUUUCGCCGGAUGUAUAUUUGUAGAGGUUAGUCUUACCUAUAUGUGGGAAAUCUUUUGGCAUUUCUUUCAUUCCAAUUGCUCACAAUUUCAUUAUUUGUGAUAUAAAGCAGUUACGUUUAGUGUUUUUUGUGAUAUAAACAGUUUCGGAUGAGUUUUCUUCUCGUGCUC